AUGGGGGACUGGAACUUCCUCGGGGGGAUUUUGGAGGAGGUGCACAUCCAUUCCACGAUGGUCGGCAAGAUCUGGCUCACCAUCCUGUUCAUCUUCCGUAUGCUGGUCCUCGGCGUGGCGGCUGAGGACGUGUGGAACGAUGAGCAGGCCGACUUCAUAUGCAACACUGAGCAGCCCGGAUGCAGAAAUGUCUGCUACGACCACGCUUUCCCCAUCUCCCUCAUCCGCUACUGGGUGCUGCAGGUCAUCUUUGUGUCUUCCCCCUCGCUGGUUUACAUGGGCCACGCCCUCUACAGGCUGCGGGCGCUGGAGAAGGCCCGGCAGAAGAAGAAGGCUCUGCUGCGGAAGGAGCUGGAGCUGGUCGAUGUGGAGUUGGCAGAAGCCAGGAAGAGGAUGGAACGGGAAAUGAAACAGCUCGACCAGGGGAAGCUGAACAAAGCUCCUCUGAGGGGCUCUCUGCUGCGUACCUACGUGGCUCACGUCUUCACUCGCUCGAUUGUAGAAGUGGCCUUCAUGACAGGCCAGUACCUCCUUUACGGCUUUCACCUCUACCCCCUCUUCAAGUGUGAGCGAGACCCUUGUCCCAACGCUGUGGACUGCUACGUUUCCAGGCCGACAGAGAAAAGUGUCUUCAUGGUGUUCAUGCAAUGCAUCGCAGCAAUAUCCCUCUUCCUGAACAUCUUGGAGAUCACGCACCUGGGUUACAAGAAGAUCAAAAAGGGCAUAUUGGACUUCUACCCUCACUUGAGGGACGAGAGGGAUGAACUUGACAACUACUAUGCCAACAAGUGCAAAAAAGAAUCCAUCGUGCAAACAUGCACCAGUGCACCCCGAAGGGCUACAAUGGCCUCUGCACCAAGUGGCUACAACCUCCUGCUGGAGAGGUUGCAGGGCACAGCGAUGUACCCAAACCUUAUCAAACCUUCAACUUUUCUACCUCUUCAGAGCAAGCUGACAACUCAGCAAAAUAUGUCUGAUUCCAGAUGUUCAGCUCAAAGCCCCCCGCAUUGCAACUGCACCUUGACUACCAACAAACCCUGCUUCCCAUGCUGCGACUCCGAGUCAUUUGUUGCACCCCCCCCCCUAGACAGUAAAGAGGAUGGUGGCACUGGAAGAGGGAGUCCAGACUCUCCGAAAUGCACACAGAAGGCAGUGGACACCUCCGCGACGCUGCCAGUGAGUGCAUCGAAGAGGCCGUGCAGGGCUCAAGUCGCCAUUAAGUGCUCCACAGUGUUGGAGAGUAAAAGCUCCGAUACGGAUUCAUGUGGGGGUGCAAACGCCAGCCGUGGACGUCCCUCCGCUCAGACAAAGUCAGAUGGGAAACAUCAGAGCCGGCCGUCCACCCCGGAGUCACUGGACGACUCCAGCUCAGGGUCCGGGCACAACCCCAGACCCCCUUCCUUCAACUGCAAAACAUCAAUGGCCAGUAAUGCAAGCAGCAGACGAGCAGCAGACCUGCAAAUCUAA